GCCACCAGAGGGCCGUGUCGAGCCAGGGUGGCGUAGUGCGCAUGCGCCAAACGCGCUGAAAUUCAAAUGUUUGAAGCAGCUUCGCGGAAAACAGCCGUCUGUUAGCCUGUGAGCUGUAUCUGUGAAAUCGCAGAGUAAGGGAAUGGACAACGACGGGCAGUCGGACAAAACACACAAGAGGCAGAGAGAACCCUUGGAGGAGAAUGUGUUGGCCUCUAAUGAGCUUGAGAAUGUGCUGAAGAGGAGACGCUUGGUUGCAGAAGAGGUUGAGAAUCAGAACCCUCUGCAGCCACUGGCAGGUUCCCCAGCCAGAUCUCGACGGCUUGAGUUAGAGGUGAAGCCCGACACGCCGGCCAUAGCCUCCAUUCGUCUCAGGGUGCAGCAAUUAACGCAGAGACGAGAUGGUGUGGCUGCGUUGGUCCAGCGCUGUAUGUCAGACCCAGGGGCAGAGAGUCCCUCCAACAGCUUACUUAGAGAUGUCUGUCACAUUGGUGAGGGUGAGUUUACCUCUCGAUUGGAACGCUUUAAGACUCCCACCCCAGACAGCAGUCCAGUCCCCUCUACGCCUUCCACGCGCCAACUUUCCAGCUUUGUGCACAAUAUGCAGCAGCAGCUUAAUACCACAGUGACUCCCAGUACUAAGGAGGCAACCCGUAUCCGUCAGGCUAGAGAGGAUGAACUGAAGUUGCUGAGAGUUCAGCCCCUCACAGAGAACAUGUGGCUCAAAAGGAGUUUGUCUGACUCUUCUCUUGCUGAGAGAGCUGUUUCCCCAACCAGCUCUACUUGUGUUUGCAAGAGGACAAGAAAAAUCCCUUGGCCUACAUUGCAAUUUGGGAAAGAUGACUCAAACAUUGACUCGAAGGAGGCUGAAUGCAGCAUAAGCUUCAGUGGUGUGAAUAAAGUGAUGGGAGACAGCCUCAAUGACACAUCUGCCUUUACUGGAGACCUACAACCCUGUUGCACAGAGUUUUGUCUUUCAGAAUCUAUGAUGCACCCUAAUGAACAAAUGAGCACCUCUGCCUUAAUAGACAAGAUGUUUGAAGAUGUCUUGCAAGCUGCUGACAAAGAAGAGGAAGGGGAAAAGGGCAAGGAGACAGUGAAUGAGGAAAGUCUUUCCAAGCGUAACAAGAGAGAGAAUGCUGACAUGGAGGUAGCUGAAACUGAGCAGAUUGAGAAAUCUCUAGUUUCUAGCUUUGGGGAGGAUGGCAUGAGCAAAGAAUCAGCUCAUUGCUGUGCUGAAUGGGAAGAGAAGGACGGUGUAAAUUCUGCUGAAGGACAGGAAAUUGAUGAAGAGAAUGUCUGCAGUAAGAGAGAAGAGGAAAUUAAGGAAGAGAGUACUCCAGUGCCUAAUGAGGAAGACUUCCUAACUCUACCACCUACAUGUGUCUUAUCCCCUCUCAGCAAAUCAGUGGAGGCUGUUGUUACGCCUUUGAGACUUGUAGCCACUGUGCCUACACCCACAGUGCAGUGUCCCUCUCCAGAGGAGGUAACCACACCUUCUGCUGACAGUGCUCCACCUCUUUAUAGCAUUGAUGCUUACCGCUCUCAGCGAAAGAACAGUCAUCUAGCCUCUCAGUGUGUAACUCCUGGGAUACAGAAACAGGCUACUGAGAAGUCUUAUAUCAAGCCAACUAUCAAUACUAAGGAGACUAUCAAGGUGCUGAGUGAAGAGGCUGCCAGACUGCAGACUGUUAUUAACCAAACUCUGCAGGCUCUGAGCUGUUGUAGUGAUGAAGAACAUGGGAAAGGAUCCCUGCAAGAGGCAGAAGCUGAAAAACUCCUGCUCGUUUCCAGUGAGAAGCAUGCUGCCCUGCUGACAGAGAUCAGCAGACUGAGAGAGGGUGCGGGAGCAGUGUUGGACUCCAGCACUGUCUCUCUGCAGCCCUGCAGGGGAACUGUCAGCAUCAGCAGCGUCCAACUGCCCCUCAAAGUGGAGUUUCUGUGCUCUGCCCGCACAGGUCGUCCUACUCACUACUUUUUCAUCCUGAUCCGUUAUGGUCCAUGUAACAUUGUGGCCACCCCAUUGGCUACAGCUGCUGAUGCCGAGAAUGGAGACACCAUCACCUUUCCCACCUCCAUCACCUUACAGGACAUUCGCUCUAAUUUUGAGAUUGAUAUAGAAGUCUACAGCCUGUCCAGUAAUGCAGGUCAAACGUGCACUACAAAUCUGCAGCAGCUCCGCAGCUCUACUAAAUCACGAGUAACACCAAAGAAGCUACUCAGCAGCAUUACGAAAUCUAACCCAGGUUUGACCUCUGGAGCGCUGCCUGUUCUUGGCUCUCGUCGGACCAGUAACUUCAGUUUAGUAGGCUCUCACAAAAUCACCCUGGCCUCCCUUGGACAGAGCAAGUUCACACUAGAUAAGAUGAAGUUUGAGGGCAAAAUCAGGCGACUCCUUGGAGAUGAGUUUCAGGAAAAGGUGCCCUUUCUGUCUCCUCUGGAGGGUCACAUCUACCUGAGACUGCACAGUGAGAGCCACUCCAAUGUACAACACCAAGGCUUUCUGACCAUGUUUGAGGAUAUCAGUGGGUUUGGAGCAUGGCAGCGCCUCUUCUUUAAGCUAGAAGGAGGAUUCUUCUUCUAUUGGAACCAUCCCAAUGAGAUGGGUGACAAGCCAGCAGAGGGUAGCAUUUCUCUAUGUGGCUUUGACUGUGUGAGACACGUAGAGAGAGACUCCUGUGCUCGGCCUCAUACCUUUGAACUGGUGAACACUAGGACCCUGCAACAAGACAACAGCCACAUCUUGACCAAGACCUGGUUCUCAGCAGACACUCGGGAGGAGCGUGUUGACUGGAUAGAGAAACUUAGCCAGGUGCUGUUGGAUCUUCACACGUGGUGUCGACAGCCUAGUGCCAGUGAGACUGAUCAAGCUAACACCUCUAACACUGCGGCAUCUCGUGAGAGCAUCCUGUGACGUUGUUGUUACAAUCCCUAAAAACUAAAAUCUCUGACAGGAAACCUGAAGUUAUUUUCUGCACUCUUCUGCUACAUGAAGGGCAGAUAAGCAUGGUCUACUAGACAUCAUAGGGUAAACCAAGCACUGUAGACCAAGAGCUGGCAGGCAAUGUUAGGUGUGUAAAUAAAUAUGCUUUUUAAAUUUCGGAAGGUGUAAGAAGGACAUUCUUUUGCAUGUAAUCAUAAACACGUGGAAGUACCAUUGAUUAUACAAAUGAAAUACAACCUGCUUUAUGUGAAUCCCAGGGAAUUCUAAGUGCCUCUAUCAUUGAUUUAUGUGCUGGCCUGUUUCAGCACCUCUGAUUUUGAUUGCCAAGUCUCAGUGCGGGAUUUUCUCAGGCUGAUGUAAUGUGAAAGUGUUCAUUUGCAGCCAGAUAGGUUAACUGCUGUUUUAUGUCAGCAGAAUAUUUGUUGAGUAGUUUAAUGCUACUAUGGAUGUUUUUCAACUCUAGAAGGACACUACAAAUGUCCAACAACCACCCCCACCAAGCACUUCUUAAUGGAUGGCCUUAAGAUACAGACCAUCAAGGGAGCAUCAGUUUUAUUUGCAUAUUUUGUGCUUAAUCUGCACUAAAAUUUAUUUCUAAAGAGAAGCAUUUAUCAUUUUAUUGUCAUUUACAGUAAGUCUCAUCUGAUUGUGAAUGGGUUUGAUCAGUGGUUAGAUUAUAUAUCAAGGAUUCGUUUGGGAGUUCUGUCAUAUGCCUUGUGUUCUGUCAAUUGUAGCUUAUUGGGAGAGAGUAAAUCUAGAACCUUAUAUAAGGUUUUCUGUAACAUACUGAAGCAUUUUUCGAUGUAUGGUGAAGUAGUUGUAUUGAAGACAUCAAACUGUUGAUUACAAGUAGAUUGAGCAUUCUGCAGGCUAGGGUGGAGUGCCGUAUGUGUGUAUGAUACUGAGGAUGUGUUCUGUCUUGUACGCUGUACUACAGAGAUUCAAAACUGAAAAUAACUGAUUGUGCUUUACUGCUUGUCUUUGUUGGUGACAGCUGUAUUUCUGGAUUGGUCUAACUGUUUUGGCUGGAUUAGACCCUCAGGUUGGUUACUGAUUAAUGAAACAAAUUGCAGAAAACAUCUUGUUGAACAAGUUAUUAUCUAUGUAUUAUGUUUCUUGUCUGUAUUCUUUAAGGUCUUUGCAUAUUCUGUUUGUUAUUCUUCCUUUGUUAACCACCUCUAUGCAAUACAGUAUUCAUAUAGUAUGGGUACUACAGAAUAAAUAUGGUUAUGAUUACCUA